AUGCAACAUGUUGAGGCGUCUCUUCUAUCAGCCACUCGGCUCGAAGAGGAAGGAAAAGUCAAGGAUGCCUAUAUGUCCUAUAUGGAUAUAACACAACAAGCAUUGCAGGGUCUCUAUGAUAUCAAGUUUAUCCAUUCUUCCAUUGUCUCGCAACCAAAGCAGUAUACGGCAUUGAUCUCCGCGAUGCACACUUGUUUGACACAUAUUGAACAUAUCAUCGACACCCAUUCGCCAUCCAAAAAUCAGAUACCCGAGCAGCCUAUUGCACCAAAGUCACCUCGACCCCCUCUUCCACCCAAACCUUCUCGUAUACAAAAGCCUGUCAUCCCUCCAAAGCCAUUACGACCUACUCCAUCCCGGCCAGCAUCUCCGAUCAAAGAUUUGGACCACCAACCACCUGUACCCAAACCACGUAUUCCACAGCGUCCAUUACCUGAUGAUAUCCGCCCUGUGAGUGCACCUCAAUCACCAGCCAAUGAUCCCAACAUUGAUAACUAUCGACGACCUCAUUCCGAGACCCCUCCACAUGAUGACAUGGCAACCAAAGUGAUGCACAACAGAGCCGUUGCAGAAGGCAAAGUCGACCCAACGCAUCUUGUUCCUGCACAAACCAAUGCUGGCGAUAGCCUUAGCCCACCAACAACAACAUCACUCAACACCGAUCAUCUUCCCAUCAUUCCAGCACCACCUCUCUUGACAACGCAUCGUAUCCUGCAGGCCAGGUUAGAUGAAUUGGAAAGCAUCAUCAAAGAUUGCAGACAGCGUAAACAACAAACAAGUGGAAACAAAGCUGCUGAAUUGGAUAACACCAUCUUACAAUACACGGGAGCUGCAGCUGAUGUGAAACAUACCUUGAAUCGUGUACGUACGCUGUACAUGAGUGCCGCUACCAUCCCAACCAUAUUGCAAUUCCCAGCACACAUGAUCGCUUAUCAAGUCACCCUCAUCGAAAGCGCCAUCUUCAAUGCAAUUCCACCAAAAGCAUUAUUGGAACAUUCAGCAAAACAUCCUCAUCCACGCAUCGUUGCAUCUACCGAUUUCUUCAAUUACUUGACUCGCGUCAUUGAACAUACCAUUCUUUUACCCCAAGAAGCUUCUUCACGUGCUCAGCAUAUCAACCAUUGGAUUAAAGUGGCAUCAAAGUGCUUGGAUCUCAACAAUUAUCAAACACUCAAAGCCAUUGUAUCAGCCCUUGGUACACCACCUGUGCAACGAUUACGACGAACAUGGGCUUAUAUUCCCAAAAAGAGCAUGACCAAGCUUGAAGGACUCAAUGAAUUGAUGAGCGAGAGCGACAAUUACGGCAAAUAUCGUGAGCAUAUGGGCAUGGUGAAUGCAUCCGUUAUCCAAGGACGUAGUGCAGCCAAUAUUCGUGCCGAACAUUAUACCAAGCCUACUGUACCUUUCUUGGGAACGUUUAUUCAUGAUAUGACGUACAUGCUUGCUGCUGCCAACAAUAACAAAGCUGCUGCCAUGGAGGAUCCACGCGUUGCAGCCGUCCUUGAUAUCAUUAGCAGUUUUCAAAAAGGACCAGCCUACACUGCUGUGCCACCGAAUUGGUUUGUGAAAGCAGCGCAAAAACACCAUCACUUGCGUCCUGCAGCUUUAUCGAGCGCCUUAUUGCAUCGGUCUGCAUCAGGCAUUGGAAGAUUUAGUGGUGGCAUGUUUGGGGGGAACAGCAACAACAACAACAACGAUGAUGAUGCAGCAAACAAAGAAAAUAUGGUCGAAGAGGAUAGUCUCGAAGAGCAACAACAGACAAUUACACAAUAUCUAUUAAUGCGAUCUUGGGUGAAUCAGAAUACGAUUGAUGAGCUUAGCGUGUUACGAGAACCGCCACGCCAACAGCAACAACCCGGGUCCUCCUCCUAUCGUAGCACUACAGGGAGCAAUCAUCAUACUAGUUCAGUGAUCAGCAACACUAGCUCAUUGAUGAGAUUUAGUACCGGCAGCAUAUCGCAAAGCACGCUUACAGGUGGUAGUCGAGCCACCAGUAUGGAAGAUUAUUCUCCUGAUGCAAGUGACGAUCCUGACACUAUCAAGGUUUGGCAUCGGCACAGCCACGAUGAUGACCACAACCACCAUCCAGUAAACAAAGCACCACAUAUCCCUCCAAGACCACCACCUCGCAAUAAGGAGGAUGAUGAAAAAGAUUUCAAAGCAGCAUUAGCUCAACGGAUCCAAGCGCAGGUCGAUGCACGACAUCCUCCUCCUCCUCCUCCUAGUCACCCUUGA